AAAAUGAUUUGAAUGGUGAUCCACCAAAAAGUAUUAUAAUGAGUCAGACUACCCCAAAAUUGCCUAAGAAACGCCUGGUGGUACAAAAAAAAGUAGAAACCACAAAAGAUGAGAAUGUCAAUGGUACACCAAAAAGAACGAGAAGCAAUGAGACACCUCUGAAGCGUACAAAGAAACAGGCGUCUCUGCAGCAAGAUCAAGAAUCCCCUAAAACAGUUUUAAGAUAUCAAAUCCCAAUACAGACGCCUAUGGAGGCAGCAAAACCAGCUGAAGAGAAGACGAUGGUCACAAGGCGGGGGAGAUCUAAAAAAUCUGAUGAUACAUUGAAUUCCUUAAAUGUGGAUAAGAAGACUGUAUCAGAAGAACCAAGUCCUGAUAACAAUACAAUUAAUAAUGCACCAAAAAGUAUUAAAAAAAACGCUACACCUCCCAAACUGAUGAAGAAACAAGCUUGGCUGGAACAUAAAGUAGACUUGGCCAAUGAAGUUGUACGACAUCAGUUUCCAAACCAGAAGUCUUUUCAAACAGAAGAUGCAGUUACAAAUAAAGAAACUAGUAUUGAGCCAGCAAAGGUGGUGAAUAAGAGAGGCAGAGCUAAAAAACAUGAAGUUACAAUUGAUUCGUCUAAUGUUGAGCAAACUGACUCGCAAGAGAUUUCAUUGAACCAAAAAAAUAAAUGUGUGAAGAAAGCACCUGUGAAGCUGAUUAGACGAAAACAACAGUUACAAACAAAGGAAAUUGCUGAUAGUCCUACAAUUGAUGUCAAUCUGGAAAAGAAAUCAGUAAAAAAGGCAAAAACAGAUUUACAGAAAGUUCAGAAGAUUAAACCGACACAGUCAAAGUCUAGAAUUCUUAGAAAAUUUAGAGGUAAGAAAAGUAGUGUAAAUAAUACAUCUGUUAGUGAACCAACAGCUGUAGUUCAACAUAAAGAUGAUGCAUAUGUUGAUAAUAUUACUGACAAAUUGAAGCAGUCUAAAACACUUGUACUGCCUAGAAAAAGAGCUGGAGCCAUUAAGUCAAGAAAAGCAUCAUUAAACAGUAACUCCGAUUGUUUAUCUUGGACCAAAGAUAUAUCUAGUUCAAGUACGACUACUUGCGUGACGGUAUGUUCGACAGACAUUGUUCGUAUUGACAACAAAUUACCAAUAUUAAAACUUCCACCUGUAGACUACCAAAUGAAUGAAAUUAAAGCUAACCGCCGUGAUGAUUUGUCAUCUUCCUCGUCGUCAGCAUCAUCAUCCUCAUCUGAUUCGUUUUCAGAUGAAUGUUCAAAAUGCGAGUCUGGUGGUCAAGUCUUAAAUAUAGAUAGCCAUUCUGUAAAUUUGAGUACAUCUUCUAUUUCACAAAUCAAGCCAUCUCAAGAAUCGUUACAUAUCAAUAAAACUGAUAGUGUUAGUAAACUUAGUAAAGCAUUAGAUAAACUCACAUCGAAUCUAAAAAAAAUCGAUCUUGAAAUUUUAAAUUGGAUUGGUUACCAGAAUGAGGACAUGGAUGUCGAUGCUGUAAAAACACAAGAAAGAAUGUUUAGAAUUCUAAAAGAGGAAAGUGCUGUAGUUAUGCACUGUAAAAACAUUAAACGUGUCUUAUCUGAUGAUAAUGGCGAAAUACCUACUUUCGAUGAAACUGAAGCUUUCGAAAAUAGAGCUCAUGAUAAAAAUAACUUUGUAAAACCUAGUAAUAUUAGUGUAACAAAGAGUAUAGUGCCUUUAAAAAAUACGAAUACCUCAGGAACAUACAAGGACAUUGAUCACAAUAAGGAUAAGGAGACUUUACAGAAUGAAACUAAAAUCAUUGAAGAUAAUUCUACAACAGAUAAUACCCAUGUAUCGUUUGAUCAUAGUUAUGACGAUGACGACGCGUUAUCAUUAUUUGCUGAAAGUAUUACUGGUAUAGAAUCUUCUCGGUUGACUAAUUCAAUUGGAUCUCCGCCAUCCCAUACAAAUUGUGCUAGCGUUGAAGAGUACAUUCCUCAGCCAGUGAGAAAUCAGUGCAGUGAAACAGAACAGUUAGUGUACUGUCCGACAAAAAUUUCAGACAAUGAACGUAGUGAUAGUAAUGUUAAAACCAAGAUUAUUUGUGAAAAACAAAAUGCUGAUUCCACUUCUAUUUAUAGGGAAUCUUCACUAGAUAGAACUAUUAAAACUCCAUCUACUGAAAUAUUAGAUAAAACCAAUUUAGAUAAAAAAUGUCUUAGUCCGAAUAUUACAAAUGUAGUUCCUAGAGAAAAGAGUGGAUCUUACCUUAUGUCGUCAAUAUAUAAACCAUCACAAGCUGUGAAAAGUGUUGUUUUCAAAGGAAUAUGUUUCUUUCAUCUAAUAUCUAGUUGUAGACAUAACGCUCUGUGUCGUUUUCCCCAUGUGGUACCAAAUCCGAGAGACAUUAAGGUUAUGCUUCACAAGUUGAGCGAAGAAAUAUUCAUACAAGAGUACAUGUUGAUGCGGAACUGGCCGGGCUUGAGGCGAUUGUACGGGCUGUGUUUCGUGGAAGAGUGUGCUAGACGAGAACUUACGAGUUUCCUCGUCGAAAUGGCAAUGGACUUCGUAAUGAAGAUGAAUAGCACAUCUAGGGAAGAUAGCUUACUUAAAAUUGACGUUAUAGAGUAUACGUUAUUGCAUCUGAAUACAGUUGAUUUGAAUAUUUGUGACAAUUUACUAAAACUCACCGUGCAACAAGACACUCUCCUGUGCGAUGUGUUUAUGGAAACAAUAGCCGCGACACAGAACUUUUCGAGAUUCAAAUUAGUGUUCCUAAAUCUAACCAAUUUUAUUACAAAAAAUAACAGAACUUUCAGUUUGAAUGUUGCAACUCAAAUUUUGGAAAGGGUUUGUAUUUUGCCCUAUGAGGAGUCACUCGUUAAAGCGUUGCUUAAUAUUAUAAAGCAUACUGACUCCGCGAUAUUUGAGAAUACGAUGAUGGCGAAAUUCGAGCACCAACUUUCGGUAACCAAUCGGGAUCUUUACGAUCAAUUUGCGAAGAUUAAGAGAGGAAAUGUAAGCAGACCGGUUCUGGGGAACCUGUAUGCGUCGUCGCCUAUUAGGAUCCGAGAGGUGGAGCCGACUAAUGUAGCGAUGUAUCCAGAAAGGCAGAAGAGGUACACCUCUCCUGAUACAACUCAUCUGGAUAAUUUGAAUAAAACUGACGAGCCCAUCAUCAAGAGGACGAUAAACUUCGAUCUAUCCAGAUCGGUGAGCGUCAACACGCACUAUAAGAACUCGACGCAGUCCAAUGAAGGCUUUGAGGAAUCCCGCCCACAGACAAAUCACUACAAGAACUGGCAAAACAAUCGUGUCUAUGAUAAUAUGCGCUCGUUCAAUUCGCACGUGCCUGUCAGGCAAGCUAUGAAGCGGCCGACGAUAAACCGCCAAGUCACAUACGGAGGGAGCCCUUCUAAAUUCCCGCGCCGAUCCGGACCAGAGUUCUUUUAGUCUUUAUAUUGUUAAGGUUUUGUGUGACGUGACAAUUGACAGGAAUUUGUCAGCUAUGUGAUUAUGAAGUCGUGACAGAAUAGUAUAGAAUAAAUUAGAGGUAUAAAACCAAUUUGAUUUACACUUCAUUUUAUACACAGAAUACCCUAUUCGGGCCGAAUAGGGCAUUCGGCCUACCUAUAUACAUAUAUAUAUACCUAUAUACCUUAAAGUAGCUAAAAGCUACUCAGUGGCAUUAUGAAUGAUAACAUAAAAUCUACUAGAUAGUAUUAUCUAAAAUUUAUAUGAGACCACACGAAAAAGACCAGUCUUUUAAUAAGGAAUCAUCAAAGGCGGUCCCACUUGAAAGGUCUGUGGUGACACAAAAAAUGUAGUCGAAUUAAGAUACUCCUAUAUAUUUGUGAAUUUAUUCAAUUUUUUUUUUAUUAUUGUGUUCUCUAU